CUCAAAUUCUUAAGGCAUUCACACAAUUAGGGUUUGAGUAUUUGUGAAGAUGUGACUGUUAUCAAAGACAGAGAGGGCAAUAACGAGAGAGCGCGCCUCUGUAAUAAAUCAUUGGUAGUUUAUUAUUCGUGUAAAACUCCUCGUCGAGUGUGUCUCCCCUCCCAAGCAAGGCCUUAUGAGACAACCGGCAUUCUUCGGUUUCGUUCAUCAUCAAGCACCCACCCCCAGCCCCAACGUCUAAAACCUCAAGGCUUGAAAUGGUAACUCCCUUGCGAUCUCAACUGCGCCACCUUAAGACGGCUUCUGAAGCCGUUCUUUCUCUGUCCCCCGCCGUCGUCGACCCUUUCCUCGCCCACCCCUCCCACCGCCACCUCUCCGCCAUCGAAUCCAAGGACCAGCUCCUCAAAUCCUACACUGUGACGCCCCCAAUCAAUCCAUGGCCCCAAAAACUAUACCCCAAACGCCUUGUUUCCAUGAUCACCCGCCAACAGAACCUCGAUCUCGCCCUCCAAAUCUUCCACCACGCCGGCCACUACCACCCCAACUUCCGCCACAACUACGACACUUACCAUUCCAUCGUCCACAAGCUCGCUCGAGCUCGCGCUUUUGACCCCAUGGAGACCAUUCUGUCCCAAUUGCACCAAUCCGGCAUCAAAUGCGGAGAAAACCUCUUCAUCACAGUGAUUAGGAACUACGGCAUAGCCAGCCGGCCAAAAGAUGCCCUCCGCGCCUUCUUGCGCAUCAAGGACUUUCGCAUCAAACCCUCUGUAAGGUCCUUCAAUACUCUUUUGAACGCUUUGAUUCAAAACAAGCAGUAUAAAUUGGUUCACGCGUUAUUUAAGAACUGUCGGGACAAGUUUGGUGUGGUACCCAAUGUGUUUACUUGUAAUAUUUUGAUUAAAGGUUUGUGUAAGAAGAAUGAUGUUGAGGGUGCAAUUCGGGUUUUGGAUGAAAUGCCCGGCAUGGGAAUGAUACCGAAUGUGGUGACUUACACAACCAUCCUGGGUGGGUAUGUGUCGAGGGGUGACAUGGUUGGUGCCAAGAAGGUGUUCGACGAAAUUCUUGACAGAGGAUGGCUUCCUGAUGCGACCACGUAUACAAUUUUGAUGGAUGGGUUUUGCAAGCAAGGGCGUUUAAUUGAUGCAAUUAAGGUGAUGGAUGAUAUGGUGGAGAAUGGUGUUGAGCCGAAUGAUGUGACAUAUGGAGUCGUGAUUGAGGCUUAUUGUCAAGAAAAAAAGCCCGGGGAAGCCCUUAAUUUGCUUGAUGAUAUGCUUGAGAAGAAAUAUGUACCAAGUUCCACGCUUUGCUGUAAAGUGAUUGACGUUCUGUGCAGAGAAGGGAAAGUUGAGGAUGCUCAUGAGUUAUGGAAGAGGCUCUUGAAGAAAAAUUGCACACCUGACAAUGCCAUAUCGAGCACUCUUAUACAUUGGCUCUGUAAGAAGGGGGAAAUUUGGGAAGCAAAAAAGUUAUUUGAUGAGUUUGAGAGGGGUUCAAUUCCUAGUAUAUUGACUUACAACACCCUUAUUGCCGGAAUGUGUGAACGCGGAGAGUUGCAUGAGUCAGCGAGGUUGUGGGACCACAUGGUGGAGAAGGGAUGCGUGCCCAAUGCUUUUACUUACAAUAUGUUGAUUAAAGGGUUUUGUAAAGCUGGUAAUCCAAGGGAGGGAAUAAAAGUUUUAGAGGAGAUGUUGGAUAAAAGGUGUUUGCCAAAUAAAUCAACUUAUUCCAUCUUGAUUAAGGGAUUAUGUGACUCUGGAAUGGAAGCAGAAAUUACCAAGGUGCUUUCCAUGGUUGCUUCAAGUAUUGGAAUUGAUACUGAGUCUUGGGGUGUUUUUAUAGGCUUGAUCGCCACCAACUUGGAUGGCAUGGGAAGCGUUAUUGAUGAAAUAUUAUUAGAGGCUUCUUCUUAGAUUUUGUUAAUUAAAGUCAUAAUGUUGGACUGAUGAUUGGAACUUGGAAGCAUGCCUCUAAGCAGAAGGUCACAGAAUUAAAGAUACAAGAACCUUUUCUUCUGCUUCAAUUUAGUUUAUGAAUCCAGAACCUGUUGUAUAUUCAGUCACACUGAAUGGUUUUCCUUGGGGGUCUGUUGGUUUGAGCUCGCUCUGGCCAAAAAGUUGUUUAUGAACGCCUAAUUGAACCACGGAAACAAAUGGCAAGGUCUCGAGAAAGCAACAGCUCUAUGCUAGCACGGAUUGACUUGGUGACUGAGCUAUUGGAACAGACACAGCUGCCCCAUGAGCCAAUCAGGCAUGGUUUAGAAGUUGGAUGACUUAAAGCUAGAAAUUAUGAAUAUAAUGCAAACUCCUAAGAUUAAAUGAUCCCCACCUUCAAUUGUAAUUGGGAUGUGCAUCGUACAAAGACAAACAUGGUGAAUCAUACAUAUUCAGAUUCUUGAAGAUCUUUGAAUGGUAAAAUAUUAAGAAAAGGCAGCUUAGCCAGUGACUUUUGCAGAAGAGGAAUCCAAGACGCUGUAAACCAUAGGAUUCAAGUACAGGAAAUACAUAGCAGAAAGAAGGGAAGACUAGCCAUAAACAAUCGGGACAAAAGAAGCAUCAAUUGGGGCCAAACCAAUCAAGAUACAUCUGUUCAUCAUAACACAAUCCUCCUACUGCAAAAGAAAUGAGAUACGAACCAAGUUGUCCCGACAUGAACAAUCAAACUCUUCUUUUCACUAAUCCUAGUGGCCAUGGAUUAUCUAGUCCAAACAAUAUGGAUUGAAGUCUAUGAAUAGGGGUUAUUCAAGAUAGCUUUAAGGGCCUACAAUGGGGUUGUUGUUAGUGACUAUGUAAAGUCCACUCUAUGUAAGAGGUAAAUGAUACGAGGGUAGUGGUAAAAGUUCUAUGUAAGAGGUAAAUGGCACAAGGGUGGUGGUGAAACUCUGGUCCUAGUGAAUGCACAUUUGAGGUAGUAGA